AUGUCACGCAUCACGAAAUUGAUCUCACGACUGCAAACCACCGCCUCCGAGAGCCAGAACGUUGAGUAUGAUGAGUCCGCAAGAGCGACGCUGCUCCAACUCUCACGCGAGUUGACUGCAUCGCUACAAGCACCAGAUGAAGUAUGCUCAUUGCUCGCAUUCUCGGGUGGCGCUUUCAUGUGCGUCCGGCUCGCCGACGAACUGAAGGUCUUCGACCUCCUGUGCGAGUCCAGCCCACGCACGACCUCAGAUCUCAGCUCCAGUACAGGUGCAGAGUUUGGGCUCAUCGUACGCCUGCUUCGGACUCUCGCUGGCAUGGGCUUCGUCGCUCAGCUUGAUGUAGACUUGUACGGUCCAACGGCGGUGACGAGGCAGAUGACCAUGAGUAGUGUGCGAGCCGGGGUCAAAUUCUUCCAUGAAGAGAGCGUGCCGAGUGUCAGGAUGGCCCCAGAGUACUUUCGUCUGAACGGCUGGCGGCUUCCGACAAGUAUGGUAGAUGGACCGUAUCAGUUUGCGGAGGGCACGGAGGAUGAUCCGUUCACGCAUAUGUCGAAGAAGCCAGGUAGAAAUCUUCAAGAUCAACCCACAUGUACUGGAUGCGUUCCCACUGAUGCUGUGCCACAGGAGUGA